AUGGAGAACCGCCGAGUUGUCGCCAGGCCGAAACGAUUCACAACAAGCCCUGGUGUCAUUGCUGCUGUGCGGGACAACAAAUUGAACAAAUUGAGGCAAGUUUGUUUUGCUGCUUUGCAUGACGGCUUCUUGACGAGCUGCAGCGUGCCCACGGAGGUGGGAUUGCGCUCAUUUUAUGAGAUUACACUGAGCAGGGUUCCGUUAUCGAAGACAUCGCAACUCGGCUUAGGGCUCUCCAAUCUAGACAAUCUCAGAGAAGGCGGGCUGCAACAGGUCCAGACUACCCUACCUUAG